AUGAGUCGAACACAAGAAGAAACAGAGCACCAUUCUGUGAAGUUUAAUUGGAAUGUGUUUCCAGUCACAAGGCUAGAAGAAUCUCAAAUGUCGACUCCUUUAGGGUGUGUGUAUACUCCAUUCAACGACUCCAAUGUACCACCUCAAACCAAAGGCUUACCCAUUUCUUGCACAACUUGUCAAGCUUUUUUGAACCCGUUUAUCAAAUUGGAUAGGAAAAAUGGAAUGUGGUGGUGUCCAUUCUGUCAAAAGAGAACUUAUUUACCAGAGUCAAUAAAUGUUCCGGAAAUUGCAACUUCAGUUGAAGAUUGGCCAAUAGAAAUGAGAGAAACAAGUACUACAAUUGAUUACGAGUUGCCCCAUGAUAUUACCGAGAACACAACCACGGCUUCCCCGUUGACUUAUUAUUUUGUAAUUGACAGAUAUCAGCAUUCAGAAGAAGAAUCUUUGAAUAAAUUGCUAGCUUCGAUAGUGUCAACAAUAAAAAACAACAUCCCCUUAGGAAGCAUGAUUGGGAUAAUGACUUUCAACAAAUCAGUUCAAUUACAUAAAAUUAGUACCAAGGAAACAGUCGAGAUAUCGAGAGACGACAUUCCCAAUUGUGACAAAUACUGGAAGUUAUUUGAAAAACUGGUCAUUGAGCAAUUACUGAAUAGACUUGGGUUGACCAAUACUCUGUCAGAAUUAAAUUCAAACAACCUUUUGAGAAACAACUACGUAAUAGAGCUAUCGGAGAAUAAUAUGGAUUCAAUUAUCAAUUAUAUAUUGAAUAUCAAACCCACUUAUACCGAAAAACACAAGCCUUCAAGAUCAACAGGUCUUGCCCAUUACAUUUAUUCAAUCAUGUUUUCUCAAUCAAGAGUUAAAAACUUUAUUGGGAAAGUUUUGUUUUUUACUAGUGGUGCAUGUACAGAAUUUCCUGGGAAAAUAGUGGAUGAAAACUCUCCAAUUAGAUCACAUAAAGAUAUUUAUGAUCUAGAAGCACCGUUUUUUCCUGAGGCAUCAAAAUUCUAUACGGUUUUGUCUUACAUUGCAAAUGGUCAAUCAAUAGCUCAAUCAGUUGAAAUUGUGAAAUCGUCAUCAUCCAAAACUACACAGUAUAACAUCGAUCAGGCAUCUCCAGUAUGGUCUGUCAGCUUGUACGCCGGAUCUUUGGACCAGGUAGGUGCAUAUGAGAUGAAACCACUCGUAGCCAACACUAUGGGCUCUUUUUUCUUGACUGAGACACUUGGCUCUUAUCAGAUUAAAGACAUGAUUACGAGGGCUAUUGGUUUGAGUCAUCACAAAGCACUUUUGGAAGUGUCUACAUCCAUUGGGUUGAAAACGUCUAAGUUGAUAUUUAAUGGUGGGUAUGCAUUACCAUCAUCCUACCAUAAAUCCUCUAAAUACAACCAUUUAUAUCACAUUAAAAUUGAUGACGAACUUGGUGAAUUCGAUUCCCCACAUGCCAAAAAAGCAUUUACUAAUAGAUGGAAAUUCAACGAACUAAAAAAGGAUGACACUUUAUCGUUAUUUUUCAAAAUGGAGUCAGCAAAAUCUACUGAAGAUCUUAGCAACGGUUCAAUCACUGAGAUUUUCAUUCAGUUUAAAUUGAAGUCUUGGGAUGUGGUUAAAAAUAAAUGGGUUACUAGAGUUACUACCAUUCGUAAACCCACAACUUUAUCUUACGUGAAAACAAGCACAGGAAAGAAGAAUCAUCAAAGCAUGAUUUUAAAAGAACAAAAAUUUACACUUGGUUUUGAUCAAAGAGUUUGGACGAUUUUGCUAACUAGGUUGUUAAUCAACAAAAUUGAUACAAACCUUGGGUAUUCUUCUUUUGACGAACUAGUGGAUCUUAUUGAUAGUACAAUAGUCAAACUACUUCAUUAUUUUGGAGGGAUUUCAGUAGCCAACAGUCAUACUCAAUCUUCGAACCCAUAUUACCGCUUACAGACAAUGUAUGAAUUGAACCAAAAAUUUAAAGAGUUACCAUCAUUAAUUUACAGUUUGAGAAAGAAUUCCGAUUUAAUCAAAAUUUUCAAUUCAAGUCCGGAUGAAACAACAUAUUAUCAUUCAUGGUUUUUAAGGAUGAACAUGCCUUUAUCAAUCAAAGUUAUUGAGCCUGUGCUAAUCAACGUAGCAGACCAUAUCACUCGCUUACCGUUAGAUUCAACUUGUUUUGAUUUUGCACCUGCUGAUUCAUUUUUAAUACUUGAUACCGGGUUUACCUUAACAUUAUAUUAUAAAUGUCACAACCAAAACAAGUUAGACUUGCAUCCUUCUGAUAAUGAUUUUAUGAUAGAGAACAAGGACUCAAAACUACCAUGGAAUAUUAUUGAACAAUAUAUUUCUGAACGUCAGGUUGUUCCAAAAAUUGUCAUAACUCAAACCAAUCAUUCACAAGCAAGAUUUUUAGUGUCACGGUUAAAUCCAACAACCUCAGACUCAACAAAAGAAAAUCAGCCACACUUGGACAACAAUAAAGCUGGGUUUUGGUCGUUUUGGACUAGCAAUAAUAGAAAGAGCUCUAAAUUAAUUCCCGAAGAUCUAAGCUUAAAGAGAUAUUAUGACGAUUUAAUUGAACAAGUACAAAAAUUCAAAAUCUAG